AUGACUGUUCUUACUGCUUUUUGGCAGUCGCCCGCGGAUUACGCCAACCGCCCGGUUGCCAUCCUUGGUGCUGGUGUGCUUGGUCGUAGAAUUGCAUGCAUCUGGGCCUCCGCCGGGUAUAACGUGCGAGUUCGUGACCCUAGCCCCCAGCAACGUGUCGACUGUGUUACCUACGUCGAGGAAAAUGUUGCCUCAUACGCCGAGAAGACCGGAAUCUCUCCUGGCAAGGCAGAGGCAUUUGAAGAUAUGAAGUUUGUUGUCGAAAAUGCUUGGCUUGUUAUCGAAGCUGUCCCGGAGAAGAUCCAGUUGAAGAUCGAUACCUUUGCCGAGCUUGAUGCAUUGUCUCCUGCCGAUUGUAUCUUGGCCUCCAACUCUUCUUCUUACAAGUCCUCCGAAAUGCUUGAGAAGGUCUCUACGGCUAGAAAGUCUCAAAUUCUAAACAUGCAUUAUUACAUGCCCCCAGCCUGCAUGAUUGUUGAACUUAUGACCGACGGUUUUACGGAUCCCGCAAUUUUCCCCUUCUUGGUUGAACGGACGAGAGAGGGAGCGACUUCGCCAUAUGUUGCCAGGAAGGAGUCCACCGGCUUCAUCUUUAACCGUCUUUGGGCUGCUGUGAAGCGCGAGACCUUGACCAUUCUGUCAGAGGGAGUCUCCGUUCCUGAAGAAAUUGACGCCAUGUGGGAGGAGAUGUUUGUCAAGGGCCGCAGUCUCCCUUGCAAGAUGAUGGACAAUGUCGGUCUUGAUACCGUUGCCUUUAUUGAGGGUCACUACAUUCACGAGCGCGGCCUGUCUUUCGAACAUACCGUUGACUUCUUGAAGAAGAAUUAUCUCGAUCACGACAAGCUGGGCAAUAAGUGUGUUAACGGUGGUCUUUACCCUCCCGUUGAUGCUACCGCCACCCCGAAUGGACCCCGCAUUGUUGUCCUGGAUAUUGGCCUCGCUUCUGAUACUCCUGGUCACACACAGGGUGAAAUUCUGGAGGUCACUUUGGACGGAAAGCUCAAGCGGGUUCUGGUUUCCGAGCAGAAUUAUCCGGACGGCCUUGAUAUCGACUAUGAGAGUGAUCGGAUGUUCUGGACAACUAUGGGUAUCCCAGGAAAGGAUGAUGGUUCCGUCUACUCCGCCAAGACAGAUGGAACUGAUAUUCGCCAAAUUGUUCCUUCUGGUGUGGUGAACACCCCUAAGCAACUUGUUAUUGUGGCGGAACACAAGAAGAUUUACUUCUGCGACCGUGAAGGUCUCCGCGUUUUCCGAUGCAACUAUGAUGGUUCUUCCCUGGAAUUGUUAAUAGAUAACCGUGGAUCUGGGUAUUCCCAGGGAGUACCAGAACAUUCUAAGUGGUGCGUCGGCAUCACUGUGUCCCCCAAGCUUGGCAAGUUCUUUUGGACGCAGAAGGGAGUUUCCAAGGGCGGUAAGGGCCGUAUAUUCACUGCCAAUAUUGAGAUGCCUAGUGGCCAGUCUCCCAAGACAAGAGACGAUAUUAAGUGUGUUCUGGCGGGUCUUCCCGAGCCGGUUGAUCUUGAAUUGAGGGAAGACACUCUCCAGCUUUACUGGACUGACCGUGGCGAGCUUCCCUACGGUAACACGUUGAACCGGGCUCAAUUGACUCAAUCUGGCCUUCUGGCGGAAACUUCUUCUCAGAAGCAUGAGGUUCUCACCAAGCAUCUCCAUGAGGCAAUUGGCUUGAAGCUCGACACUAAGAACGGUCACAUUUACAUGACCGAUCUUGGUGGCAGCAUCUACCAGUGUGACCUCGAGGGCAAGAAGAAGAAGGUCAUCUACUCUGAUGAGACUCGUGCUUUCACUGGAAUCACUCUCCUAUAA